UUGGAGCCGUUAGAGCCGUAACUGUAGAGCUGUAGCGCUAGAGAGCUGUACACCCGCCAUGCCGGAACUGACUUCCAAGGGCACAACCAUUUCCAAGAAAGGCUUCAAGAAAGCUGUAACCAAAACCCAGAAGAAGGAAGGCAAGAAGCGCAAGCGAUGCCGCAAGGAGAGCUAUUCCAUUUACAUCUACAAGGUGCUGAAGCAGGUGCACCCCGACACCGGCAUCUCGUCCAAGGCCAUGAGCAUCAUGAACUCCUUCGUCACUGAUAUCUUCGAGCGCAUCGCGGGCGAGGCGUCGCGCCUGGCGCAUUACAACAAGCGCUCGACCAUCACGUCCCGGGAGAUCCAGACGGCCGUGCGCCUGCUGCUGCCCGGGGAGCUGGCCAAGCACGCCGUGUCCGAGGGCACCAAGGCCGUCACCAAGUACACCAGCUCCAAGUAGACUCGCCAAAUGAACAACUUCAGCAGUCUCCUCCCUGACUUAUACUCCCACUGCCCUCCACACCCUGGCGUCAGCAAAGAAGACUUAGGAGAGGUGGAGAUCACGCUGGGGAAAGUUCAGAGUUCUUCACCUUCAUUUUGGUGGCGUGGGCACACAGCGUUACAUAGAAGAAAACGCUCCCUUUGCUUUACAUGGACAGCGGCACUUGACUGACCUUUCCUUUCAACAACCAUGAAAUUCGCUACCAUGGAAAGGGAACAGGAAUUGUAGAAAAGUGAAGGACUAACGUUUUCGAAUUUUGUCUAAACGUUUAACUGUGAAUGUUAAGCUGCAUUUCAUAAAUACAAAACAAUAAAAGUAUCACAGCCAAAUGGUGGCUAUUUUUUAGGAAUAGGGAGAAGAAAGAAGGUGAGAGCUGAGAAAAAGAAUGAAAGAAACAAAUGGCUACUGCAAAAGGGAGCGCCAGAGCCUGAAGACCAAGGGGAAGGCACAGAGGAAGAUAGUUGGAGAAAGCAGAGGGAAAAGAGGGAGAUGAAGAGCUAGACCUUGUUAUGGGUUUGACCCUUCAGCUGGGAAUAGCACAUUUUACAUACCUCAAAUACGCCCCACAUUUCUUGGGUUUGGGGGUGAGUGGAUGAUUACAAUGUUACCACAUCUGGGAGACACUCUCUGACCAGCAAAUGCACAUGGCGCCCUUCAAUCCGGCUCUUAACUUGCUCUGUUCAUUCUUCUUCAUUACCCUUAGCAUAACUGACAUGAAUUUGCAUAUUGCUGGUUUCCUCUUCCCAUUCUCCAGGCUCUAAGCUCUAUUGGGCAGAGUUCGUCCUUUUUGCUGCUGACUCCCCAAUGCCUAAGGCUGUUCCAGACACACAGUAGGCUCUCAGGAUUUACAGCAAUCAUAACGAGUUAAAGUACACAUAUAACAACAGGGACAGGGGCCAGAGGUGAGUUGUUGCAAUGGCUCAAAAGAAUGAGAGACAGCAUUCCUGAGUCUCACUUUCCACAUCUACACAACAAAAAUAAUAGUAUACUACUUCUUAGAGCUAUUUUAGGAUUAAGUAAUAUAAUUCAUGCAAAGCUCUUAAAUCAGUCUUGAAAUAAUUUUGUAAGUGCUUAGCCAAUGUUAACAAGUAUUAGAUUUCUUUAGUCAUUGAAUUAAAAUGAAAUCAGAAGGGCCAAUUCUCUUCAGGUUAGAAACUAAAAGAAGAAAAUGCAAGCCUUUGAACUGCUUGAUUCCACCUGUGGAAGGAUAACUGGAGGAUUUGAAACAAAGACCUUAUUGUCCAGGUUUCUCUUUACUGGUUUGAGUCAUUAUGUGUUCAUGCUAAAAAUGACUAAAGUGUAGGUAAUAUUGGAGCAGAGACUCAUUAUACAAGCACACGUAAAAAACAAAACAAAACAAAACAAUCUUUCUUGUACAUCAAAUAGUAAGGCUGAUGGCAAAAUGGCACCUAACAAACCCUUUUUAUUUCUUCAGUUGGGGAGAGAUAUGAACGCAGAGAAGAAAUGAAUGUAAACAGUAACUGAAAAGUGAAUCAGCCAUAGAAUUAUGAAGUAUGAAAAGUGAUCUGCCUGAGAAGGAUUGAUUAGUAUGCAUAUUCUGCCCGAAUUUAACCCAUCCUGGUUUGGUGUUCACGGAUUCAUUAGAAGGAGAGCCUUAGCGAAGAAGAAGAAACUAAACAGUGUUCUAGCAUUUUCGUUUUAUUUGUUGUUUUAAUUAUGAAAAUAGAAUUUACUGCUGUUACAGGCCUACAGAGAAUCAUUAUUUACCAUGGACUAUGUUUGCUGGAGAAGUCUAAAUGAGGAGGGCAAAAAGUCUGUAAAUGAGAUGUUAGGAUCAAUAAAAUUUGUGGAGAAGUCCACAUUCCUUGUUGAC